GUAAGCUGUUCCUUCAGCAGGAUGAUGGAGGACGUGGUCGCCGUUGCAGACACCACGGCUGAGGACGAUAAGGUCGCAGCAGCCCAGUCGUCUAGAGACAGUCGUAAGCUGGACUGUAUUAUCUGUUACAGCGCCUACAACCUGGUCGAGAGACUUCCUCGGAAGCUCUACUGCGGCCAUACGUUCUGUCAGGACUGUCUGAGACGACUGGAUACGGUCAUCAACGAGCAGUUGUGGAUUCCUUGUCCUCAGUGCCGUCAGAACACUCCUGUACCUCGAGGAGGUGCCGUGGGAUUGGAUCUGGACCUGGCGGCGUUUUUGGGUGUCAAAGCUGAAGUGGAGAACCAGAGAAGCAGCCCACAGAAAGUUCCUCUGGAGACCAAGUUGUCGUUUGUUAAGCAGCCGAUCACAGAUCAGCCUCCAUCUGCGUGGCCCAACACGGCGCUAAGUGAGCCUCGCUUCCACACCAGCCCCUGCUGUAGACACUGCCGCUUCUGCUGCUGGUGGUGUUAGAACCACAUCAGAACAUGUGCGCACACGUGUGCAACUGCAAGAACGGCAUCUUGAAGAAGGGUAAUUGUGUGUAAAAGUGUUAAGAAAACACCAGGACAAAAAGAAAAAUUGACUCAGACUGGAUUUAAUAGUACAUUUUUUGAAAAGGAGUGGGGAAAAAAAAAACACGUGAAGGUGAGUUUAGUGACGACGUACGACGACACGGGAUAUUAAAUGUAUUUAAAUGAUUUAUUGUGUUUUAAAUUUAAAGUUAUUUAUUUUUUAAAUCCGUAUUUUGA